GCCUUCGUAGCAGCGUCAAGCAGCAUUUCAUCGCGAUUACUCGCGGCGGCAAGUGCGUCGUUGUUGAAGCGUCCUGUUUUUCGGUCUCAUCGUAUACAUCGUACUCGCGUUUCGUCCAGUGUUCAGGUGCUGCUUCGCACGAUAUUUUUAUAACGCGAGUGCAUAUACGCACGGCAGGACGAUGUCGUCCACGGUGAAGUACACGUCGGACGAACAGCUGAGCGAGUCAUGGGUGGAGCUGGUGCCGGAUCCGCCGCUGGCCGCUCGCGUAACACCGACACCGUUUAGCGUUAGCGGCGAACGUGAAUAUCUGCGACUUCUCAGAGAAGCGCAGAGAGAUUCCACACACUCAUCCGCCAGGCAUUCCUUGGCAUCCUCGCGUCGCGACACUCCAAGAGACAGCCCGAAGAGCCCGCCGAACAGCCCGAACACGGAACUCUCGACCGAAGAUGAGCUCAAAGGAGUCUAUAUAAAUUAUAGCUGCAACAAGGAGGGCGAGUUUCUAGACAAGAACACGGAUUGGAUCUACGAAUGGAGCUCUCGACCGGACCAGGCGCCGCCAAAAGAUUGGAAAUUCAAACAUCCUCUGGGUAGCAAGAGGAAAACGUACAGCAUUCGCACGGCGAAGGUCGGCAAGAACGGAUUGUUUUCCAAAGAGGUCAUUUACACGCUAUUCUUCACGAAUCUUUUGUCUCUGCUCAUUGGGACCGGUCUGGGUGUUCUGCUCACCAGGCGAGGUUUCAUGAUGUCUCGCGUCGCCAUUGAGUGAAGGGGACGGUUUCUGGGAAUGUCAGCAUUAAGAUUGUCACGGUUGAAUUUGUUUUGCGCGGAGAGGAGAGGACUAAAUGCAAGAGAAAGACUGAACAAGCCGGUGGGCGAAUCGAAGCCUAAAAAAAAAAAAAAAAAAAAAAAAAGAAGAAAAAAAGAAAAAAAAGAAACAGAUACACGCAGCACAUAAUUCGAUUGUCCCAAUUUAUAAUAUUAGCACUUUGUAUUAUAUAUUAGCACUUUUACUCCCCCCCAAUCCUUUUACUGUACGAUGUACUUCUCAGACGUCGCGUAUGCCAAGAAAAAUAAUACGUAUUGUACGCUCUUAGAAAAGGAAAGAAAAGCUGAGCAAAAAAAGCGAAGAAAAGGAUUUAUCGUAUAUAGUCUAGUGUUGUUGGAAGGAACAGGCAAAUGAACGAAACAUGUCCAUUUUAUACCGUUUCUAAUGCGUUUCUAUCUGCGAUAGUUUGUAGACAUAGCUUGAAUAGUAUUUAUCAGAAACUAAUUAUUGUUAGAACGGAAAGAAAGAAGCGAAACUGAGAGCGCGAGAGGGAGGGAGAGAAAGUACCGAGCGAGUGCGCGAGAGAAAGAGAGAGCGAGUGCUUGUUGCGCGGACGCGUGUGCGAGGUGGGUGGGUCAGGAUUUGACGGAUGGAAAGGAUCGGGAUUUAUCGACAACAACAAUCUCGAAGACGCUGGACGAAAUUGUUUACGCGAGUUACGGAAUUCUUGUUGCACCGCCGAACGUCAGCGAGUUCUGACGUUGAGAUUUGUUAGGAAGGUUGAGAGAAAUGUAUGUCUAAAUCAUACCCGUGCAAUUAAUCCGAAGUGAAACAGCAUCGGGGAUAUAAUAAAUAAGACGUCGACCGGUGAUUCUUCUCUGAAUUAUCGACGAUUGCGAUCGUUAUCUCGAUGAUGAUUGAGGGAGUAACGAAAGUAGUUCCUACGGAGGAAAUAACGACGCUGUCGUCCACCGUCUCGAUGCCGAUCGUAUAUGGCAGCCGGAAGGAGGGACCACGAGAGCGAGCAAGCAAACUUGUGUGAACAGCGAAUUAGUUUCGGAACGACAUUUCUUUAUUUGUACGUCUCAAUCCGCGAUUUUGUAAUUUCCUUGUAAUAAACUUGCACAGAAGUUACACACGGACACACACACACACACACACACAUACACAGGAUGUGUUUCGACGUCUACGGUUUUUAUUUCAAAUGGUCACCGCCUGGCUACGAGACGAUUAUCAAUUGUGGUUUUGGUAUGCGAGAUAUUGAAGAAGUAAGUGAUCCGACUUAUCUUUGCAAAAAUCUAUCUUAGCGAUUGUAAAAGUAAACUAAAACUUCUUUUCCACGGAUAACAAAUAUUUAAAAGCUAAAAAGAUAAGAUAAAUCGCUAUUUUACAAUGAAUUCUUCGGCUCGAAGCUGAGGAAUUUUUUGCCGAUCGGUAUGAUAUAAUAUUUGACUUUUGACGUUGCACUGCGAUAUAUGAGACAAGCUAAAUAGAUUAACUAUAUUAAAGAAAUAAAAUAAUUGUAUCUUGUCUAAUGUACUUUUGGAAAAGCGUGUGGAAAUGUUUUGUGAAUGUGUGGUGUAUUUGCUACUUUUUUCAACGACAGAAAUUUGAUCCUCGUGCGACGAUAUGAUGCUCUCGAGUUUACGAUUUUGUACUUUAGACAGAGAAAAGUGGAUGGGGCGAUAGAAAUCACGAAUCAGUUUGCAUCGAAAAUGUGCACAAGCGAAUUCACGAUACAAUCUUCUGAGUUUCCAUUAGAGAUUAGAGUAUCGAUUCAAUGUAACAGACUAAAAAAUGCAUCACACUUGUUAGUGAUUUAGAUCAAUCACAUCCAAACGUACUAGAUGCAUUACUAGAUGCAAAUUGUGCAAGUUUUCUUUCCUUGCAGCAGCAAAAUCAGCAGCGCAAUCCCCGAUUUUACGUGAAUUGGUAGAGUUUUUUUUUCUGGUACUCUUAGCUAAGUCGCGUUAUUUAAUUUACGAUACUGAUAUUCAACGUAUUUUUCAUAAGCAAUUAUUUUGUAAUACUGUAUGUAUAUCAUGCGCAUAAUAAUAAUCAUAUCGUAUGUAGUAGUGGCGUUGGUGACUUUUUAGUGUUAUCGAGCACUUGAUUCUCUUUUCGAUAUUUUUUCGUCGUUUCUCUUUGCUAAAAUUAAAGUUCUAAUUAUGAAUGAUUUAUACAGAAGCGCUAUGAAAUAAAGGGUUUUGUAAAUUCAUA